GGCCUUUCGGUAAGUCCAAGGCUCUUAUCUCUUGUUUGUCUCGCCCUUUUCAUAUACUGCGCUUUGCUUUCUUCUUCUUCUUUCUCUUUUCUUUCUAGCCUUUCUUUUGUCUUCUUCUUCUUGUUGGUCUCUUGUGAAACUCUAUUUUUGCCUUGAGCUCCGCACUCUCGUUUUUUGUUUUGAAAUUUUUAUGGGGUUCUGGAGAUUUCUCAAACUUGGUUCCUGUUACGUGCUUUGAUUUCUGGGUUCUGUUGUUGGAUGGGCCUUAUUUAGGAGGGACUGUGCCGCUUUGCAGAUCGUCAUUGGUGCAUUCUGAUUCGAGACACUGUUUCAUGACUAAGUGUAUACUGUUCAGUUUCAAAUGGUAUUUUGAUGAAAGAACUUGCUGAAACGUGACAAUCCUUCCUAGACUCGAGAGAAAAUUCCGAACUCUUCCAUUUUGGAGAAAAUGUUGUGUGCUUGCUCGGGAGAGCAAUUCAAAUUUGAAGAUGCACCCCGGUCUCCAGAAUCUCUGGCAACAAGAGAUUUCUCGGCAAGCGGACUUUCAUCCAGGACGGGGGAUUGGGAGUCGAAAUUUGAAGAUACACAAGUUGAUGAAGCUGAAUCAACUCUAAGGGAUGCUCUCUCCUUAAAUUACGAGGAAGCCAGAGCUUUACUGGGGCGCCUAGAGUACCAGAGAGGGAACUUUGAUGCUGCUUUUCAGGUGUUUCAUGGGAUUGACAUUAGAGGGUUAACUCCAAGGAUGACCAGGGCUAUUGUUGAACGGACUUGGCAAAGAAAACCACGUACCAAGGGAGAUAUUGUAUCUACCCAGGAAAUGUCGAUGCAUUCUGUGAGCCUUCUUCUGGAGGCAAUCUUACUCAAAGCAAAAUCACUUGAUGAACUGGGGAGAACUGGAGAGGCUGCAAAAGAGUGCAAAAUAAUUCUGGACACUGUUGAAUCGGCACUGCCCAAUGGAAUGCCAGAGGGCAUUGGUGAAGACUGCAAAUUGCAGGAGAUGUUUCACAAAGCAUUAGAGCUGCUCCCAAAGCUGUGGACAAAGGCAGGCUGUCUUGAUGAAUCGAUUGCUGCAUAUCGUCAAGCUCUAGUAAGGCCCUGGAAUUUGGAUCCUCGGAGGUUGGCCAGUGUACAAAAGGAUUUGGCUGCCAUAUUACUGUAUGGUGGUGUUGAAACAAGCCUUCCUCCUCAAUUGCAAGUAUGGGGUGCAACUACUCCUAAAAAUAACAUAGAGGAAGCGAUACUUCUAUUGUUUAUACUCAUGAGGAAGGUAGCUUCCCGUGAAAUAGAUUGGGACCCAGAAAUUAUGGAUCAUCUGGCUUAUGCACUCACAAUUUCUGGGCGGUUUGAGUUUUUGGCAGAGUAUGUGGAGCAGGCCCUUCCUGGUGUCUAUAACCGAGCUGAAAGGUGGUAUUUUCUUGCUCUUUGUUACAGUGCCGCAGGUCAGAAUGAAGCAGCAUUGAACCUUCUAAAGAAGGUUUCCGGUUGUUCUGAAGCAAAGCACAAACCUCAUUUGCCUUCUUUUUUGUUGGGAGCCAAAUUGUGUUCGCAAGAUCCAAAGCAUGCUCAUGAAGGGAUAAAUUUUGCUCGUAAAGUGAUUAGUUCCCAUGAUCAAACCAAGCAUUUCAUGGGUGAGACACAUAAAUUCCUUGGUAUUUGCUAUGGGAAUGCAGCAAGAGCUUGUGUGUUGGAUUCUGAAAGAGUUGCCCUGCAGACAGAUUCUUUGAACUCUCUGAACCAGGCGUCUCUUAUUGGGCAUAAGGAUCCAGAAUUAAUAUUUAGCCUGGCUUUGGAAAAUGCUGUGCAAAGAAAUCUAGAUGCAGCUUUUAGCAAUGCAAUUAUGUACUCAGAUAUGGUGGCUGGGAGUUCAGGAAGAGGUUGGAAGCUGUUGGCUCUUGUAGUAUCUGCAGAGCAACGGUUCAAAGAUGCUGAAACCAUAGUCGAUCUUGCUUUGGAUGAGGCUGGAAGGAUUGAUCAGUUAGAGCUUCUUAGGCUGAAAGCUGUGCUUCAAAUUGCUCAGGAGCAGCCCAAACAAGCAAUAGAGACGUAUAGAAUUUUGCUAGCUCUGAUUCAAGCACAGAGGGAGGUUCAAGCCAAUAAAUUUCAUUCAGAGGUAUCAGCAGAAAGAAACUUGGAAACACAAACAUGGCAGGAUUUGGCUAACAUCUAUACGAAACUGGGAUUGUGGUCUGAUGCAGAAAUUUGUUUGGAUAAAGCAAAGUCCAUUGAAUUUUAUUCUUCUAGAAGUUGGCAUAAAACAGGUAUUUCGUUAGAAGCUCAAUCACUGUACAAGGAAGCCCUUGUGUCCUUUUCAGUUUCUCUGUCAAUAGAACCAGAUUAUGUUCCUAGCAUUGUUUCAACUGCAGAAGUACUGAUGAAAUUUGGUAAACCAUCCCUCCCAAUCGCAAGAAGCUUUUUGAUGAAUGCCUUACGAUUAGAACCCACGAAUCACGAGGCAUGGUUGAACCUUGGAUUGGUUUCAAAGAUGGAAGGCUCCUUACAACAAGCAGCAGACUACUUCCAGGCAGCAUAUGAGCUCAAGUUGUCAGCGCCAAUUCAAAGCUUUGUAUGACCGGUUUUCUUCUCAGUUGAAGCAAGCAAAAUAUUAGAAUAAAGUACCUGUAUGCCAUAACUCUAGGAGCAUCCAAUGGCCAACAGGGUUGAGCUGGUUUCUUUUCCAGAAAUUCAGAGCAUGAAGGCAAACCGGCUAAUGCCUGUCUUGCUCAUCAUUGCUUGGAAAUGGAUUCCUUAGAUUGGCAUAGACCAAACCUGAAUACUCAUUUGUAAAUUGUCAAAAAUUGAAAUAUACAAGGAUUUUCAUUGA